ACAAUGUAGCGAUUGAGAGUAGGCGUUUCAUUCGAGUGUAACAAACAGAGGAGACGGAGCCGCACGCUGCAGAGAUCACCACACACACACAUUUACACACACGCGUUUUUAUAAACACUUUUACAACCAUAAACGUGAUUUUUUUUUUUCCUUAAAGAAAAAUAAUUAUUGUAAGAGUGCACCGCAAAAACGUGAUCUCCCUGCAGCCCGGGGACUUUAGGAGUCUGCAAGGAAGUCAUCAUGUGAGAAAAAAAAAAUUGCUAAACGGACAAAAGGGCUGCAUCACAAGGGGAAAAAAAAACUAGGCUGAAGGAAAGGAAGUAUGGCUGAGGUUUACAGUCGAUGAAGUCCGAGGGGCGUGUGUUAGCGUGACAGAGGUGGAGCUUACUCCACACACAGAGAGACGUUCCUCUCUUAGGAGGCCUGUGCUGUCGACCCCGAAAACCCAGCCGAGAACUGUUGCUGGCGCUGCACCACAACAUGCAUCUCAGUCCCACAGUCACACAGGAGCAUCUCAGCGCAUGCUAACACUCGGAGCUGUCACUGUCACCUCCUGUCAGAGCAGUCAAACAAUGGAACAGACCACUGGUGUGAGCGGUAUGUCCGUGGAUGAGAAGUCUGAAGCUCCCAUGUACGUGUAUGAGUCGACGGUGCACUGUACCAACAUCCUGCUGGGUCUGAAUGAGCAGCGGAAGCAGGGCCUGCUCUGUGAUGUGACCGUGCUGGUGGAGGGCAAGGAGUUCCGCGCGCACAGGGCUGUCCUAGCGGCCUGCAGCGAGUACUUCCUACAGGGGUUCGUCACCCAAAGUGACAAUGAACUGGUUCUCAGCAUGCCAGAGGAGGUCAGUGCCCGGGGAUUCGCUCCAUUGUUACAGUUUGCCUAUACGGCUAAGCUGCUGCUCAGCAGAGAAAACAUCCAGGAGGUCAUCCGCUGUGCCGAAUUCCUGCGCAUUCACAACCUGGAAGACUCCUGCUUCCGCUUCCUGGAAGCCCAACUGCGCAGCGAGGAGGAUGGCCUGCUCCUGUGUCGCAAGAUGGCGCCUGAGAGCAAUCACUCGGAGGAUGAGAGCAUGCAACCUGAGUUGCUGACAACAGCGACAACUGCAGUGACCCUGUCCGGUUCUCCACGCUCUCGUCGUUGUGCAGAGACCCUGAACUCCUUGCGGCGACCAGACCAUGAGCAGCUGGCGGCAACGGAAGAUUUCGCUGAUGGGCUGAUGGACUUUGAGCGACACGGCACCUCAGACCUGCCACGAUGCCCUAAGUACAGGAAGUACCAGUGGGCAUGCAACAAGCACAAUAACGACGCCUCCUCACACACCAGUACCUCAGGUUUUCCAAGCACAUUCAAGGAGAUGAGCAGGCCAGCAGUGAUGCAAAUCAAGCAGGAGCCACGCAGCGAGGAAGAGUCCAUCUCGCUUUGCCUGUCAGGGGACGAGCAGGACGGAGGUGAAAAGGACGGUGUGGCUGAGAUGGAGCUGGAUGAUUCCAUCGCAGUGGACCAACCAAAAGGCAGCAACAAGUCACCGACCUGCCUAAGAACUCUUUUCAAUAAGGACCUGCCUAGCACACCCCAGCAGCUUUUUGUUAACAGACUCAUUAAUGCCCAGGAUAAAGGAACCACUCAGGCAGACCACAAAAAAGACUACAGGCCUUCGCUUGCCAAUGAGCUUGGCAUGCCUGUGGUGUUCCCCAAAGACACUGAUGGUUUCCCGCCAGGGCUUUCGUUGAAGUCGGAUUCAUGUGAUGGUGUGUGCAAGCAAGAGGUGGAGCUGGACCGCCGCAGUGUCAUCUUCCCCCCAGGGGCCUGUGACCGACUGGGUACUCCCACCCACUCCCAUCCCAGCGGAAACUCAUUGGAGAAGGAGCUCUCAGAACACAUGCCAAAGGGAUUGUGGGCCGGCGCCAGCCAGUCCCUCCCCAGCUCCCAGACCUACUCCCCCAGCACCAUAGCCAGUGACCCGCCCCUGCUUUGCCGCCAAAGGCCCAAUACCAGCUGCCCAGUGCCAAUCAAGGUAUGCUCGCGAUCGCCCCCUUCAGAGACCCGCACCCGGACCUCCAGUUCCUGUUCGUCGUAUUCUUAUGCUGAGGACGGGAGCGGCGGGUCCCCAUGCAGCCUUCCACAGUUUGAGUUUUCAUCCUCGCCUUGCCCCAAUGCGACACGGUGUCUCACCGCUGACCCGCAGGAGGCAGGUGGUGGGACAGAUGCUCUCUUCACACGGGUGCGGCCAAAGAUAAAGUGUGAGCAGUCGUAUGGAACCAAUUCCAGUGAUGAGUCAGGGUCCUUUUCGGAGGGGGACAGUGAAUCAUGUCAUGCUCGAGAGCAAGGCCCUGAGGUCAAGCUUCCAUUCCCCGUCGAUCAAAUCACAAAUCUUCCACGCAACGACUUCCAAAUGAUGGUGAAAAUGCACAAGCUGAGCUCAGAGCAGCUGGAGUUCAUCCACGACGUGCGCAGACGCAGUAAGAACCGUAUCGCGGCCCAGCGCUGCCGCAAGAGGAAACUUGACUGCAUCCUGAACCUUGAGUGUGAAAUACACAAACUGGUGUGUGAGAAGGAGAAGCUCUUAACAGAGCGCAACCAGUUGAAGGCGUGCAUGGGAGAGUUAUGGGAGAAUUUCUCCUGUCUGUCGGAGGAGGUGUGUCGAGACGUGCAGCUGAGCCCAGAACAGGUCCAUCACUACUGCCCCAUACUGCGCCCCGGCAACACCGCCUCCGUCGCCCCCGGCAACCAGGCCCUGCCCACGGGCAGCAUCGACCUCACCACUUGCUCCACCCCCGAACAGAGCUUCCUUAAAGCAGCCACUGCAAAAGACGGAAAACCGCGACCGGCCCAGUGGAAGACCGGAAACGGGUCUGAAGACGUAGGCAACGACAGGGAGGAGCAAGAGGCCGGCUCUGCCUACCUGGAGGCGGGGCUGUCCCUGGAACAGUCCAAUCAGACGGUGACAGUAGACUUCUGUCAGGAGAUGACAGAUAAAUGUACAACCGACGAACAGCCCAACAGAAAGGACUGUACUUAAUGAUGGUGGUUUGUUCUCUGUGUUGAUUUGUUUUUUUUAUUAUUUAAUUUAGUUACGUCUUCUGACAACCCCUCAAAACUCGAGGGCUGUUGAGAUGGCCAGCCUCUGCCAGUGUUUUUGAUUAUUUUAUAUACAUAUUUAUGUCUUUGUAAUUGUCUCUUUUU